AUCAUCAAGGACGCUCAGUCGAUCCCUGCACACCGAUCCACAACACACACAUCAUAACAUCUGCCAAGAAAAUAUGGCUUUGAGACGAGCGCUGCAUUUUGUUUUCAAAGUUGGUGACAGGACCAAAACAGCCACGUUUUACCGAGAUGUUUUGGGUAUGAAGAUACUACGUCAUGAAGAGUUCGAGGAGGGCUGCAAAGCAACUUGUAAUGGACCCUACGAUGGAAAAUGGAGCAAGACGAUGGUUGGCUUUGGUCCAGAAGAUGACCAUUUUGUUGCUGAACUGACAUACAAUUAUGGGGUUGGAGAGUAUCAACUUGGCAAUGACUUCUUGGGGCUCACUUUGCAGUCAAGCCAAGCUGUGAGUAAUGCUAAACGUCUGGGAUGGCCUCUCACUGAGGUGGGAGAGGCUCUGUACCUGGCCCAGGCUCCAGGAGGGUAUCCUUUCUACCUUGUGGACAAAGAGCAGCCUCCCCGUGAUCCAGUGCAGAAGGUCUGUCUCGGUGUAUCAGACCUCCAGAAAUCGACCCAGUACUGGACGGCUCUCUUGGGAAUGAAGGUGAUGGAAAAGAAUGAGGAAAAGAAAACAGUGCUGAUGGGAUUUGCAGACACACAAUGUAAACUGGAGCUUCAGGAUAUCGGUGGGACGGUAGAUCAUGGAACAGCAUUUGGGAGAAUUGCCUUUUCAUGCCCACGGGAGCAACUGCCUGACCUCGAAGCCUUGAUGAAAAAGGAAAAUCAGAAAAUUCUCACCCCAUUAGUCAGCCUUGACACUCCUGGAAAAGCCACAGUGGAAGUGGUUAUCUUGGCUGACCCAGAUGGUCAUGAAAUCUGCUUUGUGGGAGACGAGGCUUUCAGGCAGCUAUCCAUGGUGGACCCCAAAGGAAAUGACUUGCUUGAUAAGGCCAUGGCUGAAGAUAAAAGCGACGAGUGGUUUGCCAAACACAACAGACAGAAAGCUGCUGCAUGAGAUGGAGAGGCUUCCCUGGAAGAUCGUGCGACAUCAAUUUCUCACCAGUUCAUUUGAUGAUGAGUUGCUGCACAAGGCACCUGUAGUAUAAAUCUUACAGUAAUGACAACUCAGUUAUCGUUAGGCUGGCAGCGUGAGAUUAGUCUUUCCCUGAAAGCGUGCCUUGAGGCACAGUCGCAUCGACAGCACUUUGUAAAAGGACCACUUGUUCAACUUGUUGGACGUUUUGCCAAUAAACACUGUUCCUAUCAAUACAGCGGAGACGUGGGCAAAAAAUCAAUCUAAUGCAACUUAUUUGUAAAGAAUUAUGAGCCCCAGCUUGUUGACCCUCUCCCAGUUCACAUUCUGUGCACUGUGUAUGUCACUGUUUGUGCUCCUCAAGGUUAAUUCCUCCAAUUUUACGUUUGACAAAAUGCAACUAGCCAGAGUGACAUCACUGGAGGCAAUUUAUCAGAUUACAUGCAGUUUCCUCUGGAGCCAUAAGAGGCUUUAUACUACUUUAUCAACCUCAGUAACACUCCCGAAGACCUUUUUAAAGAUACUUAAAUAUGUAACAUUGGAGGUGUUCCCCCUUAAUUACUGUAAAACUGCCUGAACAUCAGUCUGCGGUAAUUUGAUUAAGAACACAACAUGAUGUAACAAUGCACAAUGUGCCCUGUUGUGGAUGUUGAAUAGUCCCAUAAGUUUGCAACUCAUCAAAUUACCAAAACCCAAUGAGUGCAGUGAACCUGAAGAUUUUAGGGGUUUGGGACUCUUAGGCAUACUGUUGCUUGGCAAUUCAAGUUUGUUGUAGGAGCAAGCUGUCUGCAGUUUAAUUCAGUAUAAUGAAGCAUUUGUGAAAAUAACAUGUCACUCACCUUGGCUGAAAUAAAAUCUUUUUCGUUAACAUUUCAAAUAGUUUGAUUACUACUGGUCUGUUUUCUCAGUUUUAUCUUUGUAUUAAUAGUUUUUAGUGGGUGUAUAUCAGAUGUGGACUUGGCCCGGAAAUAAAAUAAAUCACUUGAAACUUGA